AUGGCAUCAACAUCAACACGAUCUUCCCGAUUCGGGCCAAUAGCCGCUAGUGCUAUCACCUCGACCGGUUCAGGUACGGUAUCAUCCUCCUUACCUACGUUCGAUUCUCGACAAUGGGAAGACGAGCUGGGUAAAGCAGACAUCUCCAAACAUGACCUGAACACUUUAGUAUUCGAUUAUCUCCUGAUAGAAGGAUUCUCUGACGCUGCAGUCGAGUUUGCCAGAGAGACUGGCCUACCUGCCGAUGUCGAUCAUGAGAAAGUCCAAGAGAGAAUGGAGAUUCGACAAGCGGUCGAAGACGGGCGAGUCGAAGAAGCUGUACGAAGGGUAAACGAGCUUGAUCCAGAGAUCCUCGACACCAAUGCACCAUUACUAUUUCACCUUCAUCUCUUGCGACUCAUCGAACUAAUACGGAUAGAUGACGUCGAUAAUGCACUCGCAUUUGCAACAGCCGAACUUGCUCCUCGAGGUGCACAGAAUCCCGAAUUCCUGGCAGAUCUGGAAAGAACAAUGGCAUUGCUUGCUUUCCCUGAUCUCGCUAGAUUUGCGGAUGACUCGCCAUCUUCAUCCCGACCACCACCCGACUCUGAAACGUUGACCCUAUUUCAAGACCCAGCUUUCAUACCUAUAAUGGCUUUGAUGAAACGGUCUCAACGUGUCAAGGUCGCCAAAGAACUCAAUGCAGCUAUAUUAGAAUCGCAGGGUCAUGGGAUGGAAACUAAACUCAGUGGUCUAGUCCGCUUGAUGGCUUGGGGAGAACAGAAGUUAGUUGAAUGCGGUUUGGGACUACCUGAGGAGGAAAAGUCUAAAGGUCGAGGAUGGGCUGACAAGGUACUUGGCAAUCAGAGUGGACAUUAG